AACAGAGUACGGCGUCACCUAUUAUAACCCUAACUUUCUCUCUCUCUCUCUCACACACAUGAAUUCGUAGCGAUUUUCCUUCCAAAAAGAAAAACAAAAACAGAGGAGCCUUUCAAGAUGGGAAAGUACAUGAGGAAAGCCAAAAUCUCCGGCGACGUCACGGUAAUGGACCUCGCCCAGCCUUCCUUUGGUGUCCGAACCAGGGCUAAAACCCUAGCCCUUCAAAAACUCCAAUCACCCCCCGAAUCCACCUAUCUUCAGCUCCGAAGCCGACGCCUCGAAAAGCUUCUCCCUUCUGUCGAUGAUUCCAAGAAGCUGCACCUGAGAAAGCAACAGGAUAUCAAACAUCUUGAUUCUUCUACUACCCAAAACCCUAGCUCCAGGCUAAGUCCGAAGGAGCUCAAUUCCGUUUCUGUCGAGAGCUGUUCCAAGGGUAGAAAAGAGAAAACGAAUGAUGGGUUUAUCUCGAGAGGGGGAGGAGGAGAUGAAAAGAAUAAUAAUGAUUUUGGUGUCGAGACUUCCUCUGGAGAGAACCAUCCUUCUGGUUUUAGAAGACGAGAAAGGAUGAUUGAGGGAUCAUCUGAUGCAUCACUUUGUUCAACCACAAGGUUGAGGCUAUUGGAAAGGAAUCAUCAUGUGGUGACAACAUGGGAAAUGGAUGAGUUCUUUUCUGGUUCAGAAGAGCUGGAACAAAAGCAAUUCAGUGACAAGUACAAUUUUGAUGUUGUGAAUGAUAUGCCCCUGCCAGGUCGAUUCGAAUGGGUGAGAGUGGAACCAUGAAGUGUGGUGUGGUGUGUGUUUGUUGUAGACAUGAAUACUUGAAAGAGAGAGUGUGCAGAGAAAGGUGUUGGUUGAUUUGCAAGAUGAGAGACAAUUGAAAGUGAAGAAAUUUAGGUUAGGUUGUUGUAGUUAAGUAAGUGGAGAUAUGUCAUUAAUGUUGUAGUAGCUAUAGGGACCGUUUGGUAUUUUAAUUGUCUAUAACUACUGUCUGUAUGUAAGCAGAUGGUACUGACUUGGACCUGAUGAAUUAAAUUAGAUUAUCAACUAUAUUUAUAUGCAUGCUUUUGACUAUUACUAAAUGUAAUUCUUCUUUUCUUCCA